AUGGCAAAAGAAGUUAUUAAACUUAAGGAAAUGCCAGUUAAGGAAUUUAUCGAGGCAAUGCCAGCGGCUGAAAAACUACACACUCAAAUAAAUUCAUACGCUGAACAAUUCAUGGUGGAGAUAAUUAAACAAAUACCUGAUGUUAUUCCUGUUUUAAAGAAGGUUGGGGAGUAUGAUCAAGUUGUAUUUGACAAGCUCUUCGAGGCCAAAACGGCAGAUUUCACCGCGGCAGGAAAAACUUCUGAAGGCACAGAACACUCGCGAAUCGUUGAUGAGGUCAAACGAACAGCCGGUGACGGUGAUGCCAGUGUUCGCGCCCAGACAGUCGUGUACGACGUCUUCGCUGGCAUCGGACCUUUCGCCAUACCUCUGGCGCGUCACGGAUGUACAAUCUUCGCUAAUGAUCUCAACCCGGCAUCCUUUGGUUUCCUCGAGGAGAACUUGAAGACCAACAGUUCUCGGCGUUACCCCAUCACCACUAUGAAAUGUUUCAAUCUCGAUGGACGCGAGUUUAUUCGUCAGCUUCUUGCCAUUAAGAAAUAA